GAAGCAGAGCAGCAGAGCGACAGUGUCGGUGCUGGAUGUGAAGAUGGGGCACACUUUGCUCUGUGUGCUGGGGUUAUUCUUGCUGAACACACUCCUCUGCGGACAUGCUGAAGUUUCCAACAGGGCCAGUUUGACCCUUCAACCCAACUGGCCUCAGAUAUUCAGUGGUGAGACGAUCACUCUAAGAUGUGAGAUCCAGGGAGGUGGAGACACUCAGUGGACGUAUGAAUGGAAACCAGACAAAUUAAACAUACCUCCAAGACACAGUGAAUACAGGAUUAACAGUGCUACUGAGUCCCACAGUGGAGAAUACAGAUGUAAGGGCAGAAAGGACUCAUAUUCCUCAACAGAGUGGAGUAAUGUCAUCAGAUUGAAUGUAUCACCGAACAAACCUAAACCCACACUGAUAGCACACAAUACCAUCAUACCAGUAGGGGGCACUGUGACACUGACCUGUUCUGUGAGGGGCUCUCCUGACUGGAAAUACUACUGGUUCAAACAUACAUCAGACUCUUCUGAAGCUCAGCUCAUAAGGGAUGGUGUACCAGACAGAGUUAUCAGUGUCUCACAAGGAGGUCUCUACCACUGCAGAGGAGGAAGAGGAGAUCCACUUUUCUUCACAGAGAACAGCGAUAAAGUCACCAUUCAGGAGACUAUUUCCAACAGGGCCAGUUUGACCCUUCAACCCAACUGGCCUCAGAUAUUCAGUGGUGAGACGAUCACUCUAAGAUGUGAGAUCCAGGGAGGUGGAGACACUCAGUGGACGUAUGAAUGGAAACCAGACAAAUUAAACAUACCUCCAACACAUAGUGAAUACAGGAUUAACAGUGCUACUGAGUCCCACAGUGGAGAAUACAGGUGUAAGGGCAGAAAGGACUCAUAUUCCUCAACAGAGUGGAGUAAUGUCAUCAGAUUGAAUGUAUCACCGAACAAACCUAAACCCACACUGAUAGCACACAAUACCAUCAUACCAGUAGGGGGCACUGUGACACUGACCUGUUCUGUGUGGGGCUCUGCUGACUGGAAAUACUACUGGUUCAAACCUACAUCAGACUCUUCUGAAGCUCAGCCCAUAAGGGAUGUUGUACCAGACAGAGUUAUCAGUGUCUCACAAGGAGGUCUCUACCACUGCAGAGGAGGAAGAGGAGAUCCAUUGUUCUUCACAGAGAACAGCGAUAAAGUCACCAUUCAGGAGACUAUUUCCAACAGGGCCAGUUUCACCCUUCAACCCAACUGGCCUCAGAUAUUCAGUGGUGAGACGAUCACUCUAAGAUGUGAGAUCCAGGGAGGUGGAGACACUCAGUGGACAUAUGAAUGGAAACCAGACAAAUUAAACAUACCUCCAACACAUAGUGAAUACAGGAUUAACAGUGCUACUGAGUCCCACAGUGGAAGAUACAGGUGUAAGGGUAGAAAGGACUCAUAUUCCUCAACAGAGUGGAGUAAUGUCAUCAGAUUGAAUGUAUCACAUAAACCUCAGCCUGUCCUCACUUUGUCUCCAUUAUGGCUGAGUCCUGGAGACUCUGUAACUCUGAACUGUGAGGUUGAACAUCCAUCUGCAGGAUGGAGGUUCUACUGGUAUAAGGCUGUUCCUGAUCUAUCAUCCAACUACUACUACAGCUCUGAGCUGCUACCUGACAGCAGCAAUGGGACUGAACAGGAUUCCUACAUCGUACAUGGACAGACACACACAGCAGGAUAUAAGUGCAGAGCUGGAAGAGGAGAUCCAGUGUAUUACACUCAGGACAGUAAACCCAAGUUCGUCUGGUCUGGAGAUUUUCAUCCAUCAGCGUCUCUCACAGUGAGUCCUGACAGAGUGCAACACUUCACCUCUGACUCUGUCUUAGUGAGCUGUGAGGGAAACUCUGCUGAGUGGAAAGUGAUGAGAUUUCCUGAGAACAGAUACUGGUCACACUGCUCCUCCUGGGGGACAAUGACUGGAUCCACAUGCAACAUAUACAGUAACCAGCAGAGUAAUGCAGUGUACUGGUGUGAGUCUGGAUCAGGAGAGUUCAGCAACGCUGUCUAUAUCACUAUACACAAAACAGAUAUUAUCCUGGUGAGCCCUGUCCAUCCUGUGACUGAGGGAGAUUCUGUUAGUCUGAGCUGCAGAUUGAGAAGACAAACAUUUAAGUCCAAUGUGUUUUUCUAUCUAAAUGAGAAACUGAUUCAAAAUGAUACCAGAAGGGAGCUGAAUAUCUCUGCAGUGUCAAAGUCAGAUGAGGGUUUCUACAAGUGUCAAUACUCACAACAAGUGUCAGCCCAGAGUUGGAUGUCAGUUAAUGCAGUGUCUACGCCUUCAUUUCCUGUACCGUUGAUUGUUGGGCUGGUUUGUGGAAUCGUACUCAUUAUUCUUCUGCUCCUGUUGUAUCGCUACAGACUGUCUAAGAGUUCAUGCUGUAUCAGGUCAAACCAGUCUGAGAGCAUCAAUCAGGACUCUAACACAGAUCAUGUGGUCUACCAGAAUACAGCUGAAUGUAAUGCCUACUCCGACCUUUUCCAUGGUGGUGUUUCUCUCUAUGAAACAAUCAGAAGCCCAAAAGAAGAUGAAAAUGGGAUGAAUGAGGAACCAGAAGAGAGCCCUGUUUAUGCAAAUGUGACAAUGGGAUCAGCUACAGGGUUAUGUUUGGGGCAGCUGAAGCGUGGGGAGAGAGAGAAGAUGACAUGCAACAAAGGGCAACGAGUCAGAAUCGAACUCAGGCCGCUGCAGUAAGGAGAGCUUAUUUUCUCCAAAAAAUCCCAUUGGCUUUUUGUCGAAGGAACCAGGGUGACGCUAACUUCCCCGCAGCACAACAGUUGUUUUGUGGCUUUUAGGUAAUCUUUGUGCAGCUGUGCUAUCCAAAUAUCAGACAGUGUUUUGUAAUCUAAUAGCAGAUCAUUUAAAAGAAAUACAUCAUGCAGCUUUAAUAUUCUGUUCUACUUGGUGAAAAGUACUUUAACUGUUCCCAUCUCGUGUUUAUGUCCAGAAUUUCUUUUUAUUUCAAAAAUUUUCUUAGAACCUCAGUACCUUUACAGGGUUAUAGUACAGCCUUAAAGUCAGCAUUCCUUUUAAAUUCUUGAUUGAAAAUCUUUACAUGUUUAUAGCAUUCAGUGUAUUACGUGUGACAAUCUCUUAUCGAACCACACAUCCUAUUACAUAUGCAAGUUUCUUUCUGUCUUUUUAAAAAUGGUUUGAUAUACUGUACUGUAUGUAGUUUAGUUUCAGUUAAGUAUG